CUUAUUAAUUAUUGUUACACAGAGUGGUUGUUCUUUCCUGGAUCUGAUUUUAAUCGGAACGGAGUUGGAGAUGGAAGGAGGAGGUGGUGGUGGUGGUGGUGGUGAAGGUAGAAUGAAAUUGGGAACUCGAAGAUUGAAGGACGAUCGAGGUGUCGGUGUUGGACAAUUUGGAACAGAGGUGUCCACUUUAGGUGUUGAUGUCUCUGUUUUUUCUCCUGUAACUCGUCAGAAAGCAGCUGCUGCUAAGCAGUUUAUCGAGAAUCAUUAUAAGAACUAUCUCCAAGGUCUGCAAGAUCGUAAAGAGAGACGUUGGGCACUUCAAAGGAGAGCACAAGAAGCUCAAAUCUCAAAUGAAGAACAGCAAGAGAUGUUGAGGAAUUUGGAACGUAGAGAAACUGAGUAUAUGCGAUUGCAAAGACAUAAGAUGGGAAUCGAUGACUUCGAGCAAUUAACAGUAAUUGGAAAAGGUGCAUUUGGUGAGGUAAGGCUUUGCCGUGCUAAAAAUACAGGAGAAAUUUUUGCCAUGAAGAAGUUGAAGAAAUCAGAAAUGCUUAGUCGUGGACAGGUUGAGCAUGUUAGAUCUGAGAGAAACUUACUCGCUGAGGUUGACAGCCGUUGCAUUGUAAAACUAUUCUAUUCUUUCCAAGAUUCUGAAUUUCUGUACCUUAUUAUGGAGUAUUUACCUGGCGGUGACAUCAUGACCCUUCUAAUGAGAGCUGAUGUUCUUUCUGAAGAUGUUUCACAAUUUUACAUAGCAGAGAGCAUUCUAGCUAUUCAUUCUAUUCAUCAACAUAACUACAUUCACAGGGACAUAAAGCCAGAUAACUUGCUUUUGGACAGAAAUGGACAUUUGAAGCUCUCGGAUUUUGGCUUAUGUAAGCCCCUGGAUGGUAAAUAUUCAACAAUUUUAUUGGAAAAUGAAGGCUUCAGUAUUCAGGAACAUGCAAAAAUUGAAUCUGAAGGACAUGUGGACAGAGCUCCCUGGUUAAUGCCAAAAGAAAAAUUACAACAAUGGAAACGCAAUCGACGAGUAUUGGCUUAUUCUACUGUCGGAACUCUUGAUUACAUGGCACCUGAGGUAUUGCUGAAGAAAGGUUAUGCAAUGGAAUGUGACUGGUGGUCUUUAGGGGCGAUCAUGUAUGAGAUGCUUAUAGGUUAUCCUCCCUUUUGUUCUGAUGAUCCAAGGAUCACUUGCAGAAAGAUAAUAAACUGGAGAAAAUGCUUGAAAUUCCCUGAGGAACCAAAAAUAUCAGAUGAGGCUAGGGAUUUGAUUUGUCGUUUACUCUGUGAUGUUGACACAAGGCUGGGGACCAGAGGAGUACAAGAAAUAAAGGCACAUCCAUGGUUUAGAUGCAUUCAGUGGGACAUGCUAUAUGAGAUGGAAGCUGCCCACAAGCCUACUGUGAAUGGAGAAUUAGACACUCAAAAUUUUGAGAAGUUUGAUGAGGUGAAAGGUCCACCAUCAGCAUUGCCAAGAGUAGGACCCUGGCGCAGGAUGUUGACAUCAAAAGAUGCCAAUUUCAUAGGGUAUACAUACAAGAAAUCAGAUGUGCUAAAAUCGAUUGGAACUUCAGGUACAGAUAUGAAACCAAAUGGUUCCUCAAAGACACCCUCCAUUGUUUCCUUGUUUGGGCGAGUUGACUUGCAAGAAAGUGUGAAUCCAAAUGGUGAUACAUGUUGAUCACUUCUAGUUUCUUUCCUAUUAGAGUAGAUCUGCCCUCGCUUUCCAUGUCUGAUCCGUAAAGGUCUUGUACGAGGUGACAAGACUGUAUUUUCCUCUCAUUCUACAAAAAAUGUGAAUAGCUGAUCUAAUCUUGAUCGCCUUUUAUCCCCCCCCCCCACACCCCCCCCCUC